AAAGAUUGAUGUGAUAGAAAAAUCUCUCUUCCAAAAUAAAAUCAUUAUGUGAAAUCCUCAUCCAUUCUCCAUAUCCUUUCAAUUUGCCUCAUCCCUAUAAACUCCUUUUCCACAACUAUCCUGUUUUACUUUUUCUUAUUCCAUACCCUAUAAACCCCUUCUCACUCCUGUUCCUAUUUCAAUUUUAGGAGUCUUUUCCACAGGGCAUGAUGGCAUUCGCGUUCUUCUCCUUCUCAGGCUCUCUGUUUCAUGUCACUCAACAUCUCUUCCAUAGACCUGGAAAAGCUACCCACUAUAUGAUGGGAGUACAAGUUGCUAUUAGGUGUUGCUCAACACGUUUUCCCUGCUGCAACGUUUCUUGGGUUCCCAUGAUGGUGGCGAUGAAGAGCUUCUCUUUCCCAUAUGAUGGUGACAUGGUGAAGAUCUUCUGUCAGAACAUGCAUAGGAUUUUCCAUUGAUUUGACAAACGUUUCCUGUUAGCAAUCAUAGGGCACAAUAGGAUUCAAUACACAAGUACUUUUAUUAGAUUUGUAGUUGUCUAUCAAAUUGGUAAUUAUAAAUGCUUCUACUUCUUUACUGUGAUUUUGUAUCUAACUGAGUCAUUUUUCUUUAUGUGGAAGUGACUGAUGGAUUCAAAUAGCUAUUCCUUAGGGUUGCUGUUGAUCAUGAUGAUUCUAAUAUCUACUGGUUGUACUUUAGUUGAAAUUUUUUUGGAGUAGGUGUAUUAGGGUUUUCAUUUCAUUGAUUUUGAAUGUUACUGGAAUUUGUUAUUUCUGAUUUUUCAAAUUGCUUUAUUGGUCCUAGAAAAAGAGUUUCCUUUUGUAUGCUCUUUCUUCUCUGAAUUAUUAUUCAACAUUGGGUAUAUCCUUUCAUUUCUUGUGCUGGUUCUGGCGAUGGAUGCAACAAAUGAGAUUUGUAUGGUGUCAACUGAUUCACAACAAUGCCUUCGUAACAUCACUCCUUGGAAGGAGUAUUGGAAAAUAACUGUUAGGGUGAUCAGGAUGUGGAGUUCAUGUGAUCCCAGGGAGGAGACUGACGAACCUGCUUUUCUUCAUAUUGUGGUCAUGGAUAAAUCAUUGAACAAGAUACAGUGUACUUUGAAGAACGUCAUUAAUCAAUUCCGAGAAAUUCUCAAAGAAGGAGAGCUGUAUUCUAUAUCUCGAUUCACGGUAGUUCCAAAUAUUGGUGCAGCAAAAGUUAUAAAGCAUCGAUAUAAGUUACUUUUUCGGUUUGACACGGAGGUUAUUCCAAUUUCCGAUGUUGAGUUUCCAGAGGGUUCAUAUUCAUUAGAGACUGUUGAAAGUGUUGUUCAGAUGGGACAAGAUUCAGUCUACUUGAUCGAUGUCAUGGGUUUCCUGAUAAGUGUUCGUGACUAUUCUGAUGUUGAACUUGACGAUGGAAAAAAGUUUAAAUUAGUUCUCAUCCAGUUGUAUUCAAAUGGCUCUUAUCUCACCUGUAAUUUAUUUGGAGAUUUUUUAACAAAGAUGCGGUUGGCUCUUAUGAAUGCUGUCUCGCAACCGCCAAUCAUUUUACUCCAAUCUGUCAAGGUCAAGAUUUAUGAAGGGAAGGUUGUAGUUCAGAAUGUAAUAGAUUGUACCAAAAUCAUGAUCAAUCCUGAUAUUCCAGAGGCUAUAUGUUUUAUUACUAGAUUGGAUCCUUCGGAGUCAUAUUUCAUUGACUCUAUCACCCUUGGUAAUGGAUUUAUUGUUGCUGAUGUCAAUGAUGAUUUUGUCAAUCUCUCUGAAUAGGAGUAUUAAGGAAUUAAGAGAAAAUGAUGCGGAUGGUUUCUUCAAUGUUGUUGCUAAGAUUAAAAGUAUAUGCAACAAUUUUGAUUGGUGGUCCUACUCAUGUGUCUGUGGUUAUCCUUUGGAGCUUUUUAGAAGUCAUUUCAGUUGUUCCGAAUGUGGAAGGAAAAUAAAGAAUGCUGUGAAGAAGUAUGUCCGAUUUACUUCUAAGAAAUAUCAUAUGUUAUAUAAUUUAUAUGUGAAAUUAGUUCAUUGUUAAAAGAUCUUAUAAUUAUUUUAUGUCUUAAUUUAGGUACAAGGUUUUAGUAGAUGUUGAGGAUGCUACUAGAAGUGCUAGAUUUGUUU